AUGAAUAAUAACGCCAAAUGGUGCCGCUCAGAAGAGUCGCGCGUCCGUCUCAAACUCGCCCCGUCCCGCUCGCACAGACUCACCGGUGUGGUGACUGUGACAGUGACCAACAGUGUCCCCACGCGAUCACCACUCACAGCUGCAGGUGUAUCGGGUUGUCCGUACAGGAGGGUAACCAUGGGAACCUCGGAGGUUUCCCAGGGCGACCUCCCGCGAUUUUUCGCAUUUUUAGAAGAGAAAUUUGGGAAGGGCAUCUUCGAUGCCUUCCGUAAGGAAAUCGGCACCCCGGUGGUGCACGAAAACUCUCCCGCCUCGCCGGCGUCCUCUAACCGAGAGGACGCCGGGGAGUCCUCCGUCCCAUCGUCCCCAGGGGACGUGUCUCCGGCCUCACCGGGGGCAUCGUCCUCCAACUCCGACGGCUCUAGCCGUCCACCCUCUCCGGCCGACAUGGAGUGCGACACUCCAUCGGCCGACUCUGACGCCGCGUCCGCGACCGACCAGUCCUCCUCCGACGAGGACUUCAUUGUAGUUGGGGCCAAGCGCGCUAAGCGCGCUAAGAAAAACAAAAACAUUCCGCCGGCCAAAACCCAACGCUCCACAGAAGGAGCGGCCGUCCCGUCCACCGCGGGUAUUAAAACCCGCGAUCAUGCGGGGUGCAGAAAACCCCCGCCAAUUGUAAUCCAGGACAAGUCGUCCUGGAACAAAGUAUCUGCCGCGCUUAAAGAAAAGCGCAUUUCCUUCACCCACGCGAGGGUAACCUCCGUGGGUAUCAAAGUAACGGUCCCCACUCCGGAGGACCAUAGGCACCUGACCGCCUUCCUUAGGGCAAACAGUGUGGGCUACCACACCUACGCCCUCGAAGAAGAAAAGAGACUCCGCGUAGUCAUACGGGGAGUCCCCCGCGAAAUAGACUGCCAGGAGGUCCUGGCAGAUCUACGCUCGCAACAGUAUCCUGUGCACGAAGUGCACAGAAUGUACCGAGGCAGAACAAAAGCACCACUGGACAUGGUGCUUGUAGUCCUGGACCUUUCCCCCGAGGGAAAGGCAAUAUUUAACAUUAAAACAGUCUGCCUGAUAUCAGGCCUUUCUGUUGAGCCGCCCAACAAGCGGACCUACCCCGGACAUUGUCACCGCUGUCAAUUCUACGGGCAUUCUGCCCGUAACUGUUUCGCACGCGAGCGCUGCGUGAAGUGCCUGGGAGACCAUGGCACAAAACAAUGCGACCGCGUCGCAAACACUCAGACCCCUCCGAGCUGUGUGCUCUGCGGCCAGCAGGGCCACACGGCCAACUACCGCGGCUGCCCCCGCGCCCCACGUCCCGGCCACAACAAGGCCGCCCCCUCGAAGGUCGCGAAAGCCCCGGCCCCUCGAGCCGCGCGCCCCGCGCCCCCACCCGCCCCGCAGCCUACAACUGCGCCCCCACCGCCCAAGAACGCAUGGGUGCGGCCUCCGGUCGUCAAGGCGACCCCCCCGCCCCCUGCGCCUACUGCAGCCCCGACGCCGGCCAAAGCAGCGGCCCCCCCGUCCCCACCCCGCAGCUCAGCGCGGUCAGCGGCACUGGAUUCGCCGCCGACUUCGCACUGGUGGCGAAGCUCGCCUGCGCCAUUGACGCAGGCGAGAUCUCCGCCCUGGCCUCCAAGCUGA